ACAACCAUCACAAGUACGAUUUUAUAUUUACAUUUCAAAGAAAAUUGUUGCAAUGACUGGUGUUCAAGAAACUUCGUGUAAGUUUUGUCUCAAAACUGUAGGCGUUGAAGGUUUUGAGGUAAUAGACAACGUUACUAGAGAUAUUUUAGAUGUUCUUUUGCUGAAAUUGAAAUUUGAUAGCGAAGGCAAAGAGGUUAUAUGUAACGUUUGCAGAAGAAAGUUAAACGCAGCAUUCGAAUUUAAGGCAACUUGUCUGAAGACCGAUUACGCAAUUAUUCCAUAUGUGGAUUGUGAAAAAAUGUUACAGCUCGAUAUCAGAGACGUGUAUACAAAGGAAAAGACAAGCGAGUCAAUGGAUAUUUCAGACGGUCAUAAAAUAUGUCGAUUGUGUAUGGAGCCAGUAGAAAGUGAGUUUAGGUGCAUUUGCCAAGAGGAACUUGAAGGUAUCGAGAAAUUGGCUCCUGAAAUGGUAUCAAUGAUAUUAAAUAGUUAAAUGUUUCGCAAUUUAAUGAAACUACUUUGCAGAAUAUAAAUGUUUAAUGUUU